ACUGGCAGUGCUGCGGCCUCUUCUCUGCUCACCCGUAUUGGCCGCCAUAUUGAAUUUUAAUGAUAAUUUCUGGGAAUUUUUGUUUCCACCGAUAUUUUACCGAAUGGAUUUGCUGGUUUACCCGUGUUCUUAGGAAGGAUCAUCCAUAACCUGGGGAAAAGGUUGCUGUCACAGUCACACCUGCCCGCCCCUCAGUCCGCAGGGCCCUUCCAGCACAGGGCCCGAAAGCACCUGGAUGCACCUGGACCAGGGGAGUGGCUGGGAGAGACCAGGAACAUGGGGUUAAAUGGCAGGCGACACAGCACCCGGUUUUCCAGCGAUCAGGCCCUGGGUGUGGCCCCACCCCAGGACCCGCCCCUGCACUCUCAGCGGGCCAACCUCCGCCACAGCAAGAACUCCUCCCCCAGCAGCCGCAGGAGUAGCCGCCGGUUCAAUGCAGCAGCGCCCCUAGAGGCAGAGAGACGCUAUGUCCCCUCGUCAGGAAUGACCGCUAAGGAACUGUGUGAGAAUGAUGACCUCACCACCAGCCUCAUCCUUGACCCCUACUUAGGCUUUCAGACUCACAAGAUGAACACCAGAUUUCGAUCCAUUAAGGGAAAACAGGAAGAACUGAAAGAUGUGAUCGAAUGCUUCAAGAAGCAUGAUGACUUGGAGAAGGCAUUCCAUGCACUGGUCUCAGGGGACUGGGCCAGGCACUACUGCCUUACCAAAAAUAAGGCCCAGGAGAAACUCUUCAAAGAGCAUGUAUUCGUGUAUCUACGAAUGUUUGCCACUGAUAGUGGUUUUGAGAUUCUUCCUUGUAACCGGUAUUCUUCUGAGCAAAACGGAGCCAAGAUUGUUGCAACAAAAGAAUGGAAGAGGAACGACAAGAUGGAGUACCUGGUGGGCUGCAUCGCCGAGCUGUCGGAGAGCGAGGAGGCCAUGCUCCUGCGGCACGGAGAGAACGACUUCAGCGUCAUGUACUCCACCCGCAAGAACUGCGCCCAGCUGUGGCUCGGGCCUGCCGCCUUCAUCAAUCACGAUUGCCGACCAAAUUGUAAGUUUGUGUCCACGGGUCGAGACACGGCCUGUGUGAAGGUUCUGAGGGACAUAGAACCAGGGGAGGAAAUAUCCUGUUACUAUGGCGAUGGGUUCUUCGGGGAAAACAACGAAUACUGUGAAUGCUACACCUGUGAAAGACGGGGAACCGGGGCUUUCAAAUCCAAAGCCGGGCUUCCUGUGGCGGCUCCGGUCAUUAACAGCGCGUACGGGCUGAGGGAGACGGACCGGCGGCUCAACAGGCUGAAGAAGCUGGGAGAGGGCAGCCGCGGCUCCGACAGCCAGUCUGUGGCCUCUCACACAGACACGGACUCCCAGGAGCCCCCUCGUUCAUCUACGAGGAAGAGGACGGCUGACCGAGUGAAGAAGAUGAGCAGAGGCGUAACGAGGCGCUCUCUGUCCAGAACUCCUACAUCUACCUCACCCCCUAAACGGAGUCACUCGGGUAGCUCCAGGGAACCAAAGAGACUCCGAUCCAAACCCGCCAAGCCGGCACGCGCCAAAGUGAAGUUGCGUAAUCGGGGGCAGUGGGCGGAGCUUAAAGGCUGUAAAACGGACACAUCCCGUCUGGGCCUGAGAGAACCCAAAGUGGUGCUGUGCAAGGCCGUCCCGGCGAAGAGGGGGAGGGACGCCAGGGGGGCCGGGCGGGGCGAGGAGGGGAGGGGCUGCCUGACUCGGCACGCGGCGAAGGAACACAAUCAGUACCCUCUGAGCGAGGGCUUAACGUGCACGUACAGAACUCGCAGGUCAGCCCAGAGCGUGCUCAACGCUCAGCAGGCCGCCUGCGUUAAGCUAGAGCCCAAUGCUGUGGACGGUCACGGGGUGGUGCCGGGGGGCGCGGUGCCUGGGGGCGUGAUCGUUAAGGCGGAGCCUGAGGACUUUGGGGAGUACAUGAUGCAGGGGCUCCAGCUGAAUGGGUGUGGCCUGGAUCCCAGCUGCCCGGGUGGCCGGCGCCCCCCGCCGCCACGCCCCAUAAAGCUGGAGGAGACCGGCUCCUACGGCAAGGUGCUCGCCCUGGGGGGCGUGGCCGACUGGCGUAAGGGCCGCAACGGCGACGCCCCGCCCACUCGGGAUAGGUCAAAGGGCAAGAAGAAGAGGCAGAUCACGCGCUACGACGCGCAGCUGAUCCUGGAGAACAGCUCGGGAAUCCCCAAGCUCACGCUGCGUCGCCGUAGAGACAGCAGCAGCAGCAGCGGCCGGGCCAACGAGCCCGGCGACGGCGAGCUGCUCAACCCCGCCAAGAUCAGCAUCAAGUUCAGCAAGGAGCACGACAGGGACAAGGCCAGCUCCUACAUGUCCAAACUGAACAACGGCUUCAGCCCCGCCUUCAGCCCCUCCCCCAACUGCAGCUCCGCCAAAGUGAAGAUCCAGGUGAAGCGGGAGGAGGGUGGCUCAGGCGAGGCCGCCCCCUCGGGGCUCCCCCCAGAGGCGGCCAACGGGAACUGCAAGAUCGCGGCACAGGCGAAUGGGGACGCCCCCUCCGAGGAAGAGGACGACUACUUUGACGAAGAGUUUGAGGACGAUUUCAUUCCGCUUCCGCCACCGAAAAGGCUGCGGCUUAUCGUGGGUAAAGACUCCAUAGACAUAGACAUCUCCUCACGGAGACGCGAGGACCAAUCACUGCGGCUGAAUGCAUGAGUCCCUCUGCCCCUUAUUGUACAUAGAGCUGUCCUUCCAAUCAGCAGUGGGACCACUUCAGAACUGGAUUACAUGUAAUGAGCCAGUCUGAUGAGAAAUGGGGCUGUAAAAUAAUUGAACUUUACUGUAAAUUUUAAUAAUAGCACUUCUGUAUUCAUAAUGCAUAUAAUUGUAGAAAGUGUACAGUAUAUGAACCCUUCCCAAGUUGGAAUUUUAUUGGACUUUUUCCAGCCUCAGCUCACAGUUUUGAAUUGUGUCGCUAGCCCAGUCUUUUCUGUCAAAAAAAAAAUUAAGGAGGAGCCAGUAACUUACUCAGUGAUGUCAUCAUGUGGAAUCCUAGUGCUUGUGCUACCUACGUCCUCUCAGACUUGGAGCAUAGAUCUCUUACCAGUCAACUCCAAGGGUUCACAAUAAGCAACGUAUAUAUGUGUAUGUAUAGUGUACAUACAAUCCAUAUAUAAUUCUGUCUCCUGAAAUGCUGAAGGGAGUAGCACAAGAAAUGGAAGAAGUUGACCUGAUUUUAAAAUACUUCCUCAAAGACCAGCAGUCUUUGAGUCAUCUUAAAGGUGUUUCUGAAACUCUGACAGGUGUUGGUGCUGUGUAAUUGGUGCUUUGAAGGUGAAGGUAUUCGUUGUUUGUCCCUGGGAGCUGGAAUUGUACAGUAACCUCAAGUACAAAAUUCUGCUUUUUACACUAUAGAAACUCAAUGAAAACAGAUAGGCAACAGAGGCUGCUACUGGCUGCAAUGUCAGAUGGUUAAAUUAGUGCUGCUCAGCUCUUCCACUUUGACUGAAGAACAGGUGUUUGUGUCAUUGGGGUGCUAAUUAAUGUCAUUAGCUGACAUUGUUGUGGCUCUGAUCUGACUGGUUUUAAAAGCCUGUGAUUCAGUCCUCCGGCCACAAGAUGGACGUACAGCUUCCAAGCCACACGUUUUGCAAUAAUUAACAAUCAUCAGACUCCAGUACCAGAAUCAUCUCAGUCACUUCAUUAUUAACUACGCAUUCAGUUUUAACAUUGCAUGUUGGUUACGGGUGCAGUGCUUUUGGUUAUUAACGCAUCCAUUUUAUUCAGCAGAACUCGGAAUCCGAAGUCAUUUAAGAAUACAUGUUUAUUUACUAGGUGAUUUGUCAACUGGGGAUUUUCACCUUUUUGCAUUGUCAGCUAAAAGCAGUGCUGAAAAGUAAAUUCUCUGCCCUCUCUGAUCACUAACUGCUAAAUCACAGCAAAUUACUUAAAAUGUAUUCAGCUAGAGUGGCUAUUGAAGGCAAACACCAUAUCACAGCUGUAUUACAUGCUGGAAACUGGCUGAUAAGAAGGAGAGACCCUAGUUGUCACAUGCACUUCCAGAUAAAUUUCCAUGCAGAAAAAAGGACAAACAGGUCAUGACAUGUGCAAGAAAAAUACACGUUUAGUCAGGCUCUGUGCGGUGUUGUAUGUCAGAUUAUACUCCGUCUAAAGAAACUGGAAUAUAUCAAAUCUGAGCUGGAGUUUAACGAUUUGUGCUCUUUGGGAGGGGUGGGGGGGGGGUUGGCACGGUGUUUGUAAAUGAGUGUAAAAAUACAUGCCCCACAUGUGAACCUGCAUUAGCUUGAGCCAAAAAGUCACUUCAUCAUUCCAUUGAUCUUGACAGUUGUACUGUUGGAGAAGGGAUUAUUGGGAAUAAUUAAUGCCAAUUUAUUCCUGAGCACUGUUUAUAUCACCAGCAGCUACACUUGGAUAUGUUCAUUGUGCACCAUGUGCAGUCCCAUGUGUACUUGUACUAUGUGUGUUUUUGAGUACCCCAUCCAUUGGUUGAAAUUACAAUUGAUUGAUUACGAAUAUUUCUUAGCCUUCUGUCAAUAUAGCUUUGUGUGCAGAAGGGUAGCUGGAUUAAGUACACAGUAUUUAAAGAAGAUGCAAGGCUGAAGUUGUCCACUGUGUAAAUCAUGAGAACACUUGUACUUAUUUAACAGAUUUGAAUACUUGAAAAUAAGAUAAAAAUUUCUUUGCAACAAG